AUGGGUGCCCUCAAGUACGUGGAAGAGAUCCAGAAGAAGAAGCAGUCCGACGUGAUUCGCUUCCUGCUGCGUGUCCGUUGCUGGGAGCUCCGUCAACUGAACGCUAUCCACCGUGCUUCGCGUCCUUCUCGCCCCGACAAGGCUCGUCGUCUCGGCUACAAGGCCAAGCAGGGAUAUGUCGUCUACCGUAUCCGUGUGAGACGUGGUGGCCGCAAGAGACCCGCUCCCAAGGGUGCUACCUACGGCAAGCCCACCAACAUGGGUAUCAACCAGCUUAAGUACCAGCGUGCUCUCCGUGCCACCGCCGAGGAGCGUGUCGGUCGUCGCUGCGCCAACUUGCGUGUCCUGAACUCCUACUGGAUCAACCAGGACUCCACCUACAAGUACUUCGAGGUCAUCCUCGUCGACCCCCAGCACAAGGCUAUCCGCCGUGAUGCCCGCAUCAACUGGAUCGCCAAGCCCGUCCACAAGCACCGUGAGGCUCGUGGUCUUACCGCCACCGGCAAGAAGUCGCGUGGUAUCAACAAGGGCCACCGCUACAACAACACCAAGUCUGGUCGCCGCCACACCUGGAAGCGCCAGAACACCCAGAGCUACUGGAGAUACCGUUAA